AUGGACACUGGUGGAUACAGCAAGCUGGAUACUGCAGUCGAGGAGGUCCCCAGAGGGCAGUUGGGACGCUGGGAGUACUACAAACAAAGAAUUUUCUUCCUGGUCUUGGCUUUCCUGGUGGCCACAAUGCUAUGGGCUCUCGUUCUGAGCACCCUAUUGUCCAAGGCCUCCAGCCAGCGCAGGAUGCUGCUCAGCCACCAGGACCUGCUGAAGACAAACGCCUCAGAGCAAAAGAUGAUGUUGAGUGCCCUGAAAGAGGAUGUCGGAGCCUGCAGGAACUGCUGCUCCGGGAUUAAAGCGCAGUUGCAAGCCACACUCGCUGAGUUUAAGGACACACAGGCAAAGCUGAUGGAGCAGGAGAGCACCCUUAAAGAACUGCAGGAGCAUGUGACCCAGGGCUUGGCUAAAGCAGGCAGAGAUCGUGAGGACAUGCGCAGUGAGCUGCUCCAGGCGCUGGAAGCUGUCAGGCAACAGAACAGAACCUGUGAGCAGUGCCCCACAUCGUGGUUAUACUUCCAAGGCUCCUGCUAUUAUUUCUCUGAGACACAGGCUAUAUGGGGCACAGCACAGAGCUACUGUUCAGGCCAUGGUGCCCACUUGGUGAUUGUCAAAGGCCCAGAUGAGCAGGGCUUCCUGAGUCAGCAUACACAUGGCAGAGGCUACUGGUUGGGUCUGAAAGCGAUUCGCCGCCUUGGCAAGAUUCAAAGCUACCAAUGGGUAGAUGGAGUCUCACUCACCUUCAGCCACUGGAACUCUGGAGAGCCCAACGAUUCCAGAGGACAUGAGGAUUGUGUCAUGAUGCUACACUCGGGGCUGUGGAAUGAUGCACCGUGUACCAAUGAGAAGGAUGGCUGGAUCUGUGAGAAGAGGAGCAGCUGCUGA